GUUAAGCUGCCGGGGCGAAUAGCUAGCUAGCUGGGCGCGUGGCUUGUGCUGCGCGAGCUCGUCCGCCAAGGCUCGCAGCUGCGCCUCUGCCCCUCUUUCCCACACCCCCCGCGCGCACCAAAAGGCGGCUUUGAAGUGCCCCGCUUGUGUGCGUCGCCUCGCUCUUCUCUUCGCCACGCACCCACCCAGCCACCCACGAGGCUGACGCUCGCAGGGGUCCUCUCACGCACGCGAGCACACGGGGGCGGCGGAGGGGGGGUCUUGUGUGUACGAGCGAGCGAGCGAGAAAACCGCCUCGUCAACUCGGGAAGCAGAAGGCAUGAGAGGGAGCCGCCGCUCGGAGGGAAGCUGCCCCUUCCUCUGAGGAGUUAGAAGGAGGACGCCUCAUGUUCUCCACACAAGUCUGACUGGGGCUUCUUCCAGCCGAGCUAUAACAGAGCCUCUCUAUAACCCUCAGUAGCCCAGGAGGGAAGCGUUGGGGCAGCACGGUGCCCACCUCCUGCUCCUCCGCAGCUUCGCCCUUCCCGGCCCGCGCGCGCGCGCCCACCCUCCGCCUCUCUCCUCGCGCGCCCCGGUCCCCGUCUGCGAGCGCGGCGGGCUGUGGGAGAGCAGCGGCUGCCGGCGUCUUGGCGCGCUUUGUGCGCGAUGCUGCGUUUGCCUGCUAGGGAGAUGGGGCCGGGGCUUCCUGCGCUUGGGACACAGCCUAGUGGGAAGAGUCGGGUUUAAAGCUCCAGACCGAAGGGGGGAGGCGUCCAAAGAAUUCACCUGAAGAAGAAAACACCGGGAAGAUCUUUAAUUCCUUUCUUGAAAUCCUACUGCAUUUUGGAGCAGAUCAUUUGCUUGAAAGCACUAAAAAGAAGACUUGGAAAAGAUGCAAAACAGAUGGAAAUUUGCCAGUUAAAAACAUUGAUUGAUUUGGGCACAAGGCUGCCACACUGUGUAGCUCGUAUAUUGUGAAUCCCAGCACAGUGAAGAAAAGGACCAGAGUUGAUAAUGAAAAUGGACAUGAAGGAUGCUGACAUGACUCUAUGGACAGAGGCUGAAUUUGAAGACAAGUGUACCUACAUUGUAAAUGAUCACCCCACGGAGCCCAGCACAGAAGGCUGCAAUGUAACCCAGGCUGAGUCUUCCUUGCCAAGGAACUUGAUUUUCAAAUAUGCAGGACAUGGCAAAGAGGUUAUUGGAGUUAUUAGCAAAGACAUUAUCCCUAAAGGAACACGCUUUGGACCCCUGGUUGGUGAAAUCUAUACCAAUGGCACAGUUCCUAAGGAUGCAAACAGAAAAUACUUUUGGCGGAUAUAUUCUGGUGGUGAGCUUCUCCACUUCAUUGAUGGAUUCAAUGAGGAAAAGAGCAAUUGGAUGCGUUAUGUAAACCCAGCACAUUCUGUUCAGGAGCAGAACCUGGCUGCUUGUCAGAAUGGAAUGGAUGUCUACUUUUAUACUAUCAAACCCAUACCACCUGGCCAGGAAUUGCUUGUGUGGUAUUGCCGGGACUUUGCGGAUAGGUUACACUAUCCUUCCACUGGAGACCUGGUGAUGAAUAUAACACAAAGCCAUGUUAAUCCAAAGCAGCCAGCUAAUGACAAAGAUGAACUUUAUCUAAAAACUGUUCCCAGAAGAGAGCACAGUGUGAAGGAAAUCCUGAAAACUGAUUCCAGUAAUCCCAAAGGAAAGGAAUUAUUUUAUAGCCACAUUUAUCCACAUACUCAAGAAAAAGACUUGGAGGGCUUGAGAAAAAAUUGUAGUCCUGAAAAGCCUUUCUAUCCUCGUAUUGUCUACCCAAUCCGACCGCCCAUCCCUGAAGAUUACCUGAAGGUUUAUAGGAUUGAGAGGCCAAGUUACAUUGCCCACUCACCUAUCCAGUCUUCUACCACACCAAGCCCCUCAGCAAGAAGUAGUCCAGACCAAAGUUUGAAAAGCUCAAGCCCUCACAGCAGCCCAGUUACAGUCUCACCCCUAGCUUCUAUGACUCAAGAGCACAGAGAACCUUAUCCUUACUUGAAUGGACUCUAUAACUCAGAAGGAUUAGGGGCAUAUUCCGGGUAUGCACCUUCAAGCCAUCUCCCACAAGCCUUUCCCUACCACAAAUUUUUGUUACCACCAUAUGGCAUGAGCAUCAACAAUUUCAACCUCUUUCCAAGGAUGUAUCCUUUCUACAGCAGCCUACUCAGUGGAGGAAGCAUCCCCAAUCAUAUGCUGAACUCCUCUCCAGGACUUCCAAGUUCCUUGCCAUCUGAUGGAAGCCGACAGCUGCUGCAACCUGACCAUCCAAGGGACUUCCUCAUCCCUGCACAUAACAGUGCCUUCUCUAUCACAGGGGCAGCUGCCAGUAUGAAAGACAAGCCAUGUAGCCCAACUAGUGGAUCGCCCACAGCGGGCACAGCAGCCACUUCAGAACACAUAAUGCAACCUAAACCUACCUCAGCAGUGUUGGCUGCCACCAGCAGUGAAGAAGCCAUGAAUCUUAUCAAGAGCAAGCGAAACAUGACUGGUUACAAAACCCUCCCAUACCCACUGAAGAAACAGAAUGGGAAAAUAAAGUAUGAAUGCAAUGUCUGCUCGAAAACCUUUGGUCAGCUCUCUAAUUUGAAGGUUCACCUUCGAGUACACAGCGGAGAAAGACCAUUCAAAUGUACUACUUGCAAUAAAGGAUUCACUCAGCUGGCUCACCUCCAAAAGCACUAUCUGGUACACACAGGAGAAAAGCCCCAUGAAUGUCAGGUCUGCCACAAGCGAUUCAGCAGCACGAGCAACCUGAAGACCCACCUGCGGCUACAUUCUGGAGAGAAGCCUUACCAGUGCAAGCUUUGCACUGCUAAAUUUACCCAGUUUGUGCACUUGAAACUGCACAAACGGCUCCACACCAGAGAGCGCCCGCACAAGUGUAUCCAUUGCCACAAGAGCUAUAUCCACCUUUGCAGCCUCAAGGUCCACCUGAAAGGCAACUGCCCUGUUGUCCCUGAACCCACCCUUUCGACAGAGGACCUCAACCGGAUCAAUGAAGAGAUUGAGAAAUUUGACAUUAGUGACAGUGCAGACAGGCUGGACGAUGUUGAGGACAACAUUGACAUGGCAUCUAUAGUAGAAAAAGAAAUACUUGCUGUGCUUAAACGAGAGAUGGAAGGAGCUACUCUUAAAGCAUCGCUGCAGAGGAACCUGGGAAAUGGGCUGGUUUCCUCAGGAUGUAACCUUUAUGAAUCAUCAGAUAUGUCAAUUGUGAAGUUGCCUCAAGGUCAUCCACUACCUCGGGUACCUAUAAAGGUCAAGCAAGAAGCAGUUGAACCAAUGGACCCUUAAAUGCUGUGGGGUGUGCGUGUGCGAGAGAGAAGUGAGUGUGUGUACACAUGUGCAUACUUACAUGUGCAUUCGUAUGUAUGGGAAAGUGGUUUGUGUUGUUGUUUUUUAAUUUAUGACUUGGCAAGUCAGGGUGCCUGUAGCAAUUGCUUGUAUAUAGUGUCAAUGCUGCAAAGCAAUCUUGGCUUACAGUAGUUUAUCUUACUCCAUUUGAAAGAAGGAACUCCAAAGUUGUAUUCUCAGGGCAUGAAAAGAGGCAAGGACUGCGUAUUACCUCUGCUACUUCCAAAAAAGACAAUCUUUUAUCCAUAAUCAUUUUCCAGUAAUAAUUUAUUAUGCAAUUUACCAUUAACAAAGCAAUAGAUAGAAAAUAUUCACAAUGAUAGGAAGUUUCAUUAUAAGGUUGAAUAUAAGUGUUCAUAUAUAUAUAUAUAUUGUCUUGUGGCCAUUCUUUGUAUAAUUUCUUCCUGUGCAUCUGUUUAGCAAAUAAAAACCAGCAACCUAAGAUUGAUGGGGAAGCAAAGGGGGGAAUGUUACAUUCCUGAUUUAGAAAUUAGGUUUUUGUUUUGCUAAAGGUAAAUACUAGAGUUUCCUCCAGUUAGAACAGUGCUGUAUAACUGAACAAAGUGGGUAGAAGUGUGAAAUUGCCCCAAAAUGUAUGCAGCAGCCAAGAGGAAAACGUCAUACUGGUAUAGGGAUAGAAAAGAGUGAUGCGAUGAUUUUCUGUCUAGAGUACCUCAUUGUCAAAGAUGAAUAGGAAAGUAAAAUCAUCUGCCAGAAAUAAUGCAUCAAAUAGGUUUUCUAAACAAACAUGUUGCAUACCUUGACAUUGAGAGCAAUAGUAUUACAAAAUUAUUAUUUUUCUUCUCACAAACUGUUUGUAUACAUAUGCAAGGAAUACUAUCCCAAAGAUGCUGUCUGAAAGGAGAGUAUUGCUGAGAUUUUUGCCAGUGAAGUACUAGGGGGAAUCUGAUUCCUAGGCUCCCCGGGAAAGAUGUGCCAGAUCUCCCCCAACCCCAUUCCCUCUGUCUACUUUCCUUGGGUAGAAGUUGCUAACAAAGUCCUUUCUUGGCAUACUUUAUUGGUUCCCCACCCUUUCCCUAUAUGACUCAAGAUUUCGCUCAGUAUUUGUAUUAGUACGUUUUGUGGUUAAUUUAAUUAAAGAUAAAAAGGGCAUUGCAAAGUUGCUGAACAACAGUUACCUCAUUGAGUGUGUCCAGUGGUGCAGAAGAUGUUGUUUUAUCUAAUGCUUUGCUACUUUAGAGAACAAACCAAAAUGUGCAGAGGAGAAGAUAGAAGGCACAUUCUUUUCUUUUUUGUAAAUCUUUUUUGUUUUGCUAAGCCCAAAGAUACCAUGUCGGCAUACAAGGUGUAGCAAAGAAUACAUGUAUAUUUAUAGAUAUUUAUGCCAAUAUACCAUGUAUGUGUGUGCAUGCGUAUAUUUUAUACCACUUAAGUUUGUGAGACAAACCUUAUAAUGAAAUCUUACUUGCAUAGCUUGCUUCACCUUCCAAAGGUAUGACUUAACAGCCUCCAGCCCAUGCUACUGUGCUAAGGAAAUCAUCAGUAAUUUAAUUCCGAGUCUUAAUCCUCCAAACCAUUACUCACAAACAAUUUGUCCACAUAUUAUAAAAUUCCCACAGAAUUCUGUGAAGAUUAUGUGGCUGAGUCUUCUAUCCCUGUCAUAUUCUUGCAAAAGACACUUGUCUGUGGGGGGGAAAACACUUUAAGAAAUCGUUGCUGGGGGGGGAAACAAAAUCUCACUCACCUAUGUAUGGUAUAAAUAUAAUACAGAAUGGUAAUUUGUUUUUAUUGCGCAGUCUGUUGACUGGAUCAAUAAAUAGAUUGAUUGAGAUAAUACAGAUUGGUAAAGGGUAGGAAGAGCUGUUUAAAAUGUCGAGUGAAGUCUGCCAUUGUUUCCUCUGCUUCUUAAAAGGUGAUCGCGUGAUCACAUGUACGUAAUGGAGGGGAAAAAUAACAGCGUUGUUACACCCUGUUCUACUGUGUGUAUAUACAUUCCUAUCUCAACAUAGUCUUAAAGAGUUAGACUGUUUCAGAAAUGAUAUCAAUCUAAUGCCUUCUUAUUUAAGAUACCAAACAUAUCUCUGGUCUAAAAGUAGCUCAAGGAAAACUUUAAAUAUAGCUUUUUUGAAGGAAGGGCUACUGUUCAUUACAUUUCUGCUCCCGUAAAUUGUGAGGCAAACAUAUUUAAAUGUAGCAAUGUUUCAUAAAUGUAGGAUUUAACUGUAGGAUAAACCAAAGUACCACUACUAUGACUGGACACACUGUUGCUUUUAUUAAUUGCCUGUAGUGCUUUCCUGUAUUUGAUACAAAAUUUUACAAAGAUUUAUAUGCAUCAGCUUUAAAAUUUGCUUCCUUUAUGUCAAAUCUUCUUCUCUCAGUUUAGGACCUUUACAUGUGAAUGUAGCAACAAUCAGUGUUGUUUUUUUUAAAGAACAGGCUCUGACCAAAGUUAACAGGCUUUUUACUUUGCUAGAACAAACUAUCUUAUGUUUACGUACUGGUUUACAUUGUUAUUUAUGUGCAAAAAUGUCAAAAUGUAAAUUAAAUAUAAAAUGUUCAUUGCUUUA